AGGAGAAAAGUAGAAAGUCCCUAGUAGUGCUUUUUUCUCUUGUGUGGCCCUCAGACAAUUGUCUACACCAUAACGUAUGGGGAUAGUAAAGGUAAGGCUCCAUAUAAUAUACACAGGCAAGAGUUAGGAAUACUGCAUCCGUUUUCAUCCCAGAAAAUGUAAGAUCCUAUGACGACGCCUGGUGGCGCUGCAGGAUAAGAAGGUACAAACCAGCACUGCAGCUGCAAGCUCCAUUAACAGGCAAAACUACGCAGCGGAACCUGGAAAUCCACGGGAAGCUUGGAGGCCACGGGAGGAGGGCUGGCAGGACUGAGUCCUCUGAUAGGACCACUCCCUGGAAUAUUUCCGAGGUAUCUUGGGAAAGAGCCACAAUCUUGGAUUCUGAAGUCUUUACAGUUCUGCAGAACCACCCUCCUGGGAGGCUUUACAGGACAAGAACAAUGGAGACCAGCGGGAAGUUCAUUUGCAGACAAAGGCAAGUCCUUUUAUUCUUUCUCCUUUUGGGCUUAUCUCAGGCGGGUUUGGAACCUAGGCGCUAUUCUGUGGUGGAGGAAACUGAAGGGCGGUCAUUUGUAACCAAUUUAGCAAAGGACCUGGGUCUGGGUCAGAGGGAUCUCUCCAAGCGGGGAGCUAGGGUCAUUUCCAAAGGGAACAAACUACAUUUGCUUCUUGAUCUGGAAACUGGAGAUUUGUUGCUAGGUGAAAAACUGGACCGGGAGGAAUUGUGUGGUCACACAGACCCGUGUGUGCUGCGUUUCCAGGUAUUGCUAGAAAAUCCCUUAGAGUUUUUUCAAGCUGAGUUACAAGUAAUAGAUAUCAAUGACCAUUCCCCAGUAUUCAUAGACAGAGAUAUGUUGCUAAAAAUACCAGAGAGCAGUCUACCUGGAACUACAUUUCCACUGAAGAACGCUCAGGAUGUGGACGUGGGCCGAAAUAAUAUUAAGAACUAUGUAAUUAGCCCCAAUUCCUACUUUCGGGUCCUUACCCGCAAUCGCAGCGAUGGCAGCAAAUAUCCUGAACUGGUGCUGGACAAAGUGCUAGAUCGGGAGCAGGAACCUGAGCUCAGGUUAACCCUUACUGCUCAGGAUGGUGGCUCUCCACCCAGGUCUGGCAUCGCUCAGAUCUACAUCGAAGUCGUGGACAUCAACGAUAAUGCCCCUGAAUUUGAGCAGCCUCUAUACAGGGUGCAGAUUCCUGAGGACAGUCCCAUUGGCUUCCUGAUUGUCACAGUCUCUGCUACAGAUGUAGACACAGGAGUCAAUGGAGAAAUUUUCUAUUCACUUUUCCAAGCUUCUGAGGAGAUUUGCGAAACCUUUGAGAUCCACCCUGAGACAGGAGAAAUUCGAUUGAAAAAACAACUUGAUUUCGAAAGAAUACAGUUCUAUGAGGUCCAUAUAGAAGCCAGAGAUGGCGGCAGCCUUUCUGGAAAAUGCACCGUUCUGAUUCAAGUUACGGAUGUGAACGACAAUGUCCCAGAAGUCACCCUGUCUGCGUUUACUAGACACAUACCUGAGAACUCUCCUGAAGCUGUCGUUGCAGUUCUCAGUGUUUCAGACCUUGAUUCAGAAGAAAAUGGGAAAAUAAAUUGCUCUAUUCAGGACGAUCUACCCUUUCUACUGAAAUCUUCCUUGGAAAAUUUUUACACACUAGUAACAGAGGGACCGCUGGACAGAGAGAGCAGAGCAGAAUACAACAUCACCAUUACGUUCACUGACUUGGGGACCCCCAGGCUGAAAACCCAGCUCAACCUCACGGUGACCGUGUCCGACGUCAACGACAACGCCCCGACCUUCAGCCAGACGACCUACACCCUGCGCGUCCGCGAGAACAACAGCCCCGCCCUGCACAUCGGCAGCGUGAGCGCCACCGACAGAGACUCGGGCGCCAACGCCCAGGUCACCUACUCGCUGCUGCCGCCCCACGACCCGCAGCUGCCGCUGGGCUCGCUGGUGUCCAUCAACGCGGACAACGGGCAGCUGUUCGCGCUCAGGUCGCUGGAUUUCGAGGCACUGCAGGCGUUCGAGUUCCGCGUGGGCGCGGCCGACCGCGGCUCGCCGGCGCUCAGCAGCCAGGCGCUGGUGCGCGUGCUGGUGGCGGACGCCAACGACAACGCGCCGUUCGUGCUGUACCCGCUGCAGAACGGCUCGGCGCCCUGCACCGAGCUGGUGCCGCGGGCGGCCGAGGCGGGCUACCUGGUGGCCAAGGUGGUGGCGGUGGACGGCGACUCGGGCCAGAACGCCUGGCUGUCGUACCAGCUGCUCAAGGCCACGGAGCCCGGGCUGUUCGGCGUGUGGGCGCACAACGGCGAGGUGCGCACGGCGCGGCCGCUGAGCGAGCGCGACGCCGUCAAGCACAGGCUGCUGGUGCUGGUCCGGGACCACGGCGAGCCGCCGCUGUCGGCCAGCGUCACGCUGCACGUGCUGCUGGUGGACGGCUUCUCGCAGCCCUACCUGCCGCUGCCGGACGCGGCGGCGGCCGAGGCCCGCGCCGACCCGCUCACCGUCUACCUGGUGGUGGCCUUGGCGUCCGUGUCGUCGCUCUUCCUGUUCUCGGUGCUGGUGUUCGUGGCGGUGCGGCUGUGCAGGAGGAGGCGGGCGGCGUCGGGGGGCGGCUGCUCGGUGCCCGAGGGUCCGUUUCCGGGCCACCUGGUGGACGUCAGCGGCGCGGGGACCCUGUCCCACAGCUACCAGUAUGAGGUGUGUCUGAGGGGAGGCUCUGGGACCGGUGAAUUCAAGUUCCUCAAGCCGAUCAUGCCCAAUUUCCAGAGCCACUCCCCUGGGCCAGCAGAAGAAAACCCCAACUUUGGUUUUAGUAUUCAGUGACUGUAUUUUUUUUUUCCUAUUACAGAUAUUUAAAAUUGGUAAAUUCAAGGUAUGAAUUUUCUGGCAACCUAUUAAGAAUUUUUAAAUCUCACUGCCUGCAAAUUUUCUUAUAUUACCCCUUUGUUUUUG